CAACGACACUUCUCGUGGCUCACGUCCUCUCUCAAACCCAGCUCAAAAUUUCUCCCCGACCCAGUUCUUGACCUACUCUCCCUCGAUCUUACGGCCAACUUGCAACUGACUUCUGGAAUCCGGAUCCAAAGGGAACACACCGUUCCGAACUGGCUGAUCGUCGCGUUGAUCAUUCAACGCUGACAGGCAAUACUUAUCAGUGCGAAGGCGGGACAUCUCAAGAGGACAUUAUCGUCUCACCUAUUUCCGUUCUUGAACUCCGGCGCAGAGCGCAUCCCAAUUUGGACUUGUGUUCUCGAAUACGCACCCUAUUGCAUCUCUCCCUUGAGCCACCAUGUCGAAUCGUAGCGGUAAUUACAAGUCCCUGCGCUGCAGAUACUUUGAUGACAGAGGCAAGGAAAUCAAGCCGUAUUGCAAUGCGGGCAAGCACUGCAGCUUCUUACACCCCGGUGAUCCUGGUUGGACGAGUUCGCAUCGUAAGGCGCAGAAUCAUAGUCCGGUCCAUCGUGAUUCACGCCCACGCCCAAGGCCAUACGAUGAGCCACCUAGCCCGCCCAAUAGUCGUCGUCGUUUACCGCCCCUUGCACCGCAGUCUGAACUGUUCAUGAGGGAGCACGUUGAAACUGUGGACUCCCGAGAGGACAGAGGCCGUCCUACCCAUCGCGAUGAUCGUAGAGACGACCAUGAUACUCCUCGACGGCCAGCUGAUAUGCCUCUGCAUCCUGAGCUCAAAAUAGAGGAAAGAUCGGUAUACGGCGAUGAAGAUAUGAGGUCGAGGCAUGCAGAGGAUCUACAAUCUAACCGUGGUGGUCGCACCACGGACCCAAAGGGAAAAGAACGCGCACGCGGUAAUACUCCAGAAGUUCGUCGCGAAGCCCCAGGGCUCCACUACCAAGAUGCCUUCGUCCAAAAAAUCGUGGAGUUAUCGCGGGAUGUCGCUAAGAUAACAAAUAGGGCUGCUCAGGAUACAGCUGCCUUUGAAAGGGACGCUGAACGUAUGAAGGCGUGCACGGAAUUGUCCUCCACUCUCUCAGCUAUCUCUCCUUCAACCAACGCAAUCGUCACUCCCGCGCUGGCCGCCGUCAUUGCUAGUCAUGGAAAGAACCACGAUCGAAUGGAGGCGGACUUCAAACGCCUAGGCCAUAUUUGGGAAGAUCUAUUCCAGCACUUCAUGAACUCGAUUGUUCAGGCUAUAGACUCUGAGGUUGGCGUCGCGCUCGACCGGUUCAGGCAUGAGUUGUCUGCUCAACUGCCAUCUUAUCCUCCAAUGCCGUUCUCUGCGAGUCCGGUCGAAAUGCACCGUUCUGGCGACAACAUUCCUAUGACGAGGAAACGCAAGAUAGCCGACACGGACUCUAUGAUGGUGGAUAGGGACUUCGACAUGGUCAAUAGGGAUAUCGGUGGCUCGGAGUAUCAUCGCGCUCCUAGCUAUGAGGACGAGCAGGGAGCGAAGCGUCGUCGCCUGCACAACGAUAACUCAAUGAAUUCCUCGCUCGACCUUUCUAAUCCGGACGUACUUGCCAUGGUCCACGAGAUGACCGCUAAACUUAGACAACAGGAGGAAGCCUUGGCUCAGUUGCAGGAGGAGAACGAAAGGCUAAAGGAUCGUGGAAACACUCCCAGUUCCGUGCAUUAUAAUAUGCGGGCGCCAUCUUAUCCACCGCGGACUGCCACUGAAGCAUCGUCAAUGCCAGGGAGCGCCACCUCUCGCGCUUUCUCCCCUCAACUUUAAUUUAUCGACACAGACCCCUUUAUGACGCCACGAACCAGUUCCUUUUGUAUGCUAUGAUAUGGGCUCGGAUAGGCAAUACAUCCAUGUACUUGACAC